ACAUGGACCUGGAAAGCCAAGCAGAAGGGAAGAAGGAGGCAGAAGCUGAUGACAUGCUGAGGAGCGGUCCCCGGCCCAUUGUCCCAUACAGCUCUAUGUUCUGUCUAAGCCCCACCAACCUGCUACGUCGCUUCUGCCAUUAUAUUGUCACCAUGCGAUACUUUGAGAUGGUUAUUCUUGUGGUCAUUGCACUGAGCAGCAUUGCCUUGGCUGCUGAGGAUCCUGUGCGGACGGACUCAUCCAGAAACAAUGUUCUGAAGUACAUGGACUACAUCUUCACUGGCGUUUUUACCUUCGAGAUGGUGAUAAAGAUGAUUGACUUGGGACUGCUGCUGCAUCCUGGAGCCUACUUCCGGGACCUGUGGAACAUUUUGGAUUUCAUUGUGGUCAGUGGUGCCCUGGUGGCAUUUGCCUUCUCAGGAUCCAAAGGGAAAGACAUCAACACCAUCAAGUCCCUGAGAGUUCUGCGUGUCCUGCGGCCCCUCAAGACCAUUAAACGGCUGCCUAAGCUCAAGGCUGUGUUUGACUGUGUGGUGAACUCCUUGAAAAAUGUCCUGAACAUCCUGAUUGUCUACAUGCUCUUCAUGUUCAUAUUUGCCGUCAUUGCAGUACAACUCUUCAAAGGGAAGUUUUUCUACUGUACUGAUGAAUCCAAGGAGCUGGAGAGGGACUGCAGGGGCCAGUAUUUGGAUUAUGAGAAGGAAGAAGUGGAAGCUCAACCAAGGCAAUGGAAGAAAUAUGAUUUCCACUAUGACAAUGUGCUCUGGGCCCUGCUGACGCUGUUCACAGUGUCCACAGGAGAGGGGUGGCCCAUGGUGCUGAAACACUCUGUGGAUGCCACUUAUGAGGAGCAGGGACCAAGCCCCGGGUUCCGCAUGGAGCUGUCCAUUUUCUAUGUGGUCUACUUCGUGGUCUUCCCCUUCUUCUUUGUCAACAUCUUUGUGGCUUUGAUCAUCAUCACCUUCCAGGAGCAGGGGGACAAAGUGAUGUCUGAGUGCAGCCUGGAGAAGAAUGAGAGGGCGUGCAUUGACUUUGCCAUUAGUGCCAAGCCUCUGACACGGUACAUGCCCCAAAACAAGCAGUCGUUCCAGUACAAGACCUGGACGUUCGUGGUCUCCCCACCCUUCGAGUACUUCAUCAUGGCCAUGAUAGCUCUCAACACAGUGGUGCUGAUGAUGAAGUUCUACGAUGCACCUUAUGAAUAUGAGCUGAUGCUGAAAUGUCUGAACAUUGUGUUCACAUCCAUGUUCUCCAUGGAAUGCGUGCUGAAGAUCAUCGCCUUUGGGGUGCUGAACUACUUCAGAGAUGCCUGGAAUGUCUUUGACUUUGUCACUGUGUUGGGAAGUAUCACUGAUAUUUUAGUAACAGAAAUUGCGGAAACGAACAACUUCAUCAACCUGAGCUUCCUUCGCCUCUUCAGAGCCGCACGGCUUAUCAAGCUGCUCCGGCAGGGCUACACCAUCCGCAUUCUGCUGUGGACCUUCGUCCAGUCCUUCAAGGCGCUGCCCUAUGUGUGCCUCCUCAUUGCCAUGCUGUUCUUCAUCUACGCCAUCAUUGGUAUGCAGGUUUUUGGAAACAUUGCCCUUGACGAUGACACCAGCAUCAACCGGCACAACAACUUCCGUACAUUCCUACAAGCCUUGAUGCUGUUAUUCAGGAGUGCUACUGGGGAGGCCUGGCACGAGAUCAUGCUGUCUUGUCUGGGUAACCGGGCCUGUGACCCUUAUGCCAACGCCAGUGAGUGUGGGAGUGAUUUUGCCUACUUUUACUUCGUCUCCUUCAUCUUCCUUUGUUCCUUCCUGGUAAGUCCUGGUAGCUGUGCCAGUGUCUGCUGUUUCACCCAUCUCAUAGUCCACAUCUCCUGUUGGUUUCUGCCUUUGACCCAUGUAACAACACAAGCUGAUUCCAUGUUUUGACUUUUGUUUUCCCCAAAGUUGAUGGCCUCAUUAACUCUAGAAAGGACACACUUGGGAUGAGCUCCUGUGGGCCCAGUCUUGACUUCCACUGAAGGCUUAGGCUUCUGGGGAAGUUGCCUUCAGUGUCUAGUCUUUAGAUAGGUCUCCACUGUGGUGAAGGAGAGUGAAGAAGCAGCUCCCAGCAGCAUGCCUGGCACCAUGAGUGAGGCAACAGUAGCCUAGAGAAAGAGACAGGGAAUCAAGUGGCAUUGGGCUGUGUUUUAAAGGUAGAGCUGACCUGAUUGAAAAACAGAAAUGAAAGCCACUUCCUAGAAUUUUCUCAGUGAUGGAUGAGGGCUCUCCUUCUGAAAUGGGAAGCAUGGAAAGCAGUAGACAUGAGUUAGAUAGUGGAGACUUUAGACACUGUUGCAGACCUCUGGGCUGGAGAUGUGAGUGGUUGCCACCUGUGUUUGGGAGUCUGGGGCUGGAGGACUACCCUUUGGGUCCCUGCUAUAAAGUGCAGCCCAGUGACCUGUGUGUGGCUUAAACAUCACUUACUGCUGCUUGGAAAUGCAGAUUACUGAAUCUCCUUCCCCAAGAUCCUAUAUCAGGAUCUCUGAGUCUUAACAAGUUUUUAGAUAACUCUGUGGAUGUGAAACUUUGAGGAACAUUGACAUAAGGAAGGAAUGUGGAUU